CUAAAUUCUAGCCCAACCACUAAAACAAACAGUAUGACUACUGCAACCAAUGGAACUGCUCACGGCACUGUGUGCCAGGCCGCAACCAAGACUAUUGCUGUUUUGGGAGAAGCUUCUCGUACCACGAAUUCUCCUGAAAAGGGAAAGUCUUCAGAGGAGAUCAUUGCAUUAGAGUAUCAAUAUGGUGCUCACAACUAUCACCCCUUGCCUGUAGUGUUUUCCUCUGCUCACGGCAUUUAUGUGACCGAUCCAGAAGGUCGCACUUAUAUGGACUUCCUGUCUGCUUAUUCUGCUACAAACCAAGGUCAUUCGCAUCCAAAGAUUCUCAAGGCUUUGUCUGAUCAAGCUGCCAAACUCGCCUUGUGCUCUCGCGCUUUUUACUCGGAUACGUUUGGAAACUAUGCCAAAUAUAUUACCGAGUAUUUUGGAUUUGAUAUGGUGCUGCCCAUGAAUACAGGAGCAGAAGCUGUUGAAACUGCUUUCAAACUUUCUCGCAAGUGGGGAUAUCUCAAGAAAAACAUUCCAGCCAAUGAGGCUAUUAUUAUUGCAUGUGGAAACAACUUUCACGGAAGAACCAUUUCUAUUAUUUCCAUGUCCAACGAUCCAGAUGCAACCAAUGAUUUUGGUCCAUUUGUUCCAAACAUUACUAGCAUCUGUCCUGCAACGGGAAAACGCAUCAACUACAAUGAUGCUGAUGCACUCGAAGUUGCAUUCAAAUCCCAUGGUGACAAGAUCUGCGCAUUCCUUGUAGAACCCAUCCAAGGCGAGGCAGGAAUUUUCGUUCCUGAUGAGGGUUAUCUUACCCGCUGCUACAAUCUUUGCAAACAGUACAACAUUCUUUUUAUUGCUGAUGAGAUUCAGACUGGUUUGGCACGUACUGGUAAGCUGUUGGCUAUUGAUCAUGAAGGAAUCAAGCCAGAUAUUUUGAUCUUGGGCAAGGCUUUGUCGGGAGGUUUGUAUCCUGUUUCUGCCGUUCUUGCCAACAAGGAUAUCAUGCUUUGUCUGAAACCAGGCGAACACGGAAGCACGUAUGGUGGUAACCCACUUGGAUGUGCUGUUGCUAUGGCUGCUCUCGAAGUCAUCAAGGAAGAAAAGUUGGCUGAGCGUGCUGAAUUCAUGGGCCAAAGGUUCCGAGCUGGACUUGAAUCUCUUCACUCCCCUUUGAUCUCGAUUGUUCGUGGCAGAGGACUUCUCAAUGCCAUUGUUAUUGAUGAAACCAAAAGUGACAAAACGGCUUGGCAUAUCUGUCUUUUACUAAAGCACUAUGGUCUGCUGGCUAAACCCACACACCAAAACAUCAUCCGUCUUGCUCCACCACUCUGCAUCACUGAAGAACAAGUCGACCAAGGAGUAAAGAUCAUCGGCAAGGUGUUGACGGAGAUUGUCGCUAUGAAAAUCAAGGACAUUCCUGGGCUUGAAAGCGAUCAUUGAUUCCAGCCAAGAAUUGCCUAGUUAUGGUCACUCAACUUAUUAUUUUAUGCAUAUCCAUUUCAUUUGCGUUGCUCAACCCUAUCCAAAGCAUAAUUUAUUAAAGUUGAUUUUUGUUG